AUGUCUGCCUAUCUUCAUUUUGCAAAGAAAAUGAGGCCAAUCAUGAAGAAAAGAUACCCAGAAGCUCGUCUAGUGGAGAUCAGUAAAGAGAUUGGAAAUCAAUGGCGAUCCAUGUCCACUGCAGAUUUACAGCCAUGGAUUGAUUUAGCCAAUCAAGACAAGGCAAGAUAUGCAAGAGAAAUGAAGAGUAGGAUCAUGAAAGAGUCUUCUCAAAGUAUGGAUGCGUUAGGGGAUUUAGAUAGUGAUACUAUUGCCACAGUGGCACAAAUGGUCAAUCCUACAAUAAAAUAA